UCGCACGGUUAUCGACAUGCUACUUUCCGACCAGGGGCGUGUUGCGUUUCGCUACGAAGGACUUCUUGACGAACGCUUCUUCGACACGCAGCCAACAUUGUAUGUUUGUAUGGCUGAUACAUCUGUAGCGGGACAUCAACCCGUUGUCAGGGGUGGCAAGACCUGGUUUGACACCCUCCUGAAGAGGUGGCGAUCAGAAACAGGCGGAUUACCGCUCGAAUACAAUGCCUGUGGCAUGGGGUGCGAUGGCCUGACAAUCCAUACUGCUGACAAGGUGUUGAAUGGAUACCGACCAGAACCCUAUUGUCCGCUCACCGAACAGCCGUCGGCGGAGUAUCCGCGUUGACGUUAACGAACGGGGACUGACUGUCCACGACUUCGACCCCCCACUCAGACCGUGGCACGUAGCUAAAAGUCUUGAGAAAGCAGUUGAGUACGCCCUACUCGAGGAGUACUGGGAGUGCAUCGAGGCUGGACUGACACCACUGUUCCCGAAGCCUGAGGGUGCGGAGACAUCGCUCUUGU